AAAAAGCAACCAGAAAAGCCGUACGCUGUAAGGUACUCCACUGACAGCACGCAUUCCUACUCCGGCACUGACGGGCAGGCGGCGCUUUCGGCCCUGCACGCUCACACUCGCAUUCGAUACUCUCCCCCGGCGCCAAGAAACCACGAAAUCCCCCACCACCUUUCCUCGAUCCCUCCCCUCCGAUCUCUCGCCCAAAGAUCGCGGAUCCCAUGGCGUCGGGCGGGGAGGAGGGCGCCGGCAAGGGGGAGUGGCUGAUCUACGCGUUCGUGGCGCGCGGCACGGCGGUGCUGGCGGAGUACACGGAGUUCACCGGCAACUUCCCCGCCAUCGCUGCGCAGUGCCUGCAGAGACUCCCCGCUGGCUCCUCCGCCAGCCCCGGGCCCGGUGGCGGCGCGCCGGCACGGUUCAGCUACGCCUGCGACCGGCACACAUUCAACUUCCUCCUCCACCGCGGCUACGCCUAUUGUGUAGUUGCGAAGGAAUCUGUUCCAAAGAAUGUCUCAGUGGCCUUUCUUGAGAGGUUGAAAGAUGACUUCAUGAAGAGAUAUGGAGGUGGUAAAGCUGAUACAGCUCUUGCAAAAAGUUUAAAUAAAGAAUACGGACCAGUUAUAAAGCAGCACAUGCAGUAUGUUCUUGAUCAUUCAGAUGAAAUAGAUAAAACUUUGAAAGUACAAGCUCAAGUUUCAGAAGUUAAAAAUAUCAUGUUGGACAACAUAGAAAAGACUUUGGGCCGUGGAGAAACGUUGAGUGAACUCCAAGACAAGACUUCUGAUCUACGUAGUCAGGCUCAGGAGUUCAAGAAACAGGGGGUGAAAAUUCGUAGGAAGACAUGGUUGCAGAACAUGAAAAUUAAAUUGGUGAUUCUUGGGAUCCUUUUGCUUCUUGUAAUAAUCGUCUGGGUGUCUGUUUGUCAAGGCUUUGACUGCACCAAGCAUGAAACAUAGUCAGAAUGGUACAGCACUACUAUAGUACGAGCCUGGAAUCGAGAGGAAUGUGAAUUUGUGCCGGUGAAAUCAAGUGUACCCACAUAUGUUUGACUCACUAAUUUGAUUCCACCGGACACUUAUCGUGAUGUAAAGCUGAGUUGGUCUUAUUGCACUUAAUGAGGUGUGUUCGCAAUGUACGACCAGCAUGAUAUGAAGUAAUAUUAUGGUUCCUUGUGUA